AUGGUCAAUUCCCCUUUACCAACAGAUCUUGCAGGUGAAUGCAAAAAAGCUUCUAAAAUCUUGAAUAGCUUUAUUGAUCCAGUUGCAGCAAAAUAUUUAUUUUAUAAAUAUUUUCAUAAUGUAUUAUUAGGCUUGAAAAUGGAUGUAAUUGCUGCCGGACCCGUUGGAAGGACAGCUGAAGGAGCAAGUUCAGUUUCGCUUGGAAAUGUUGCAGCUAUAUUUUCUUAUAGCAAAACAAAAGGAUUAUUUGCUGUAUCAGCAAAAGAACUUCUAUCAGGAAAAAUCCCGCCGCCACCCCAAGCUGACAUUUUAUAUCGAGCACUUAAUGCAAAAGCUUCACGUAGUAACAGUUAUGGUGAGACACAAUAUAACGAUGAACCAGUUUAUGGAGAAGAAUAUGAGCCUCCAAAAUUGAGUCGAUCAGUUUCUUUAUCAACAUCUGCUUCAAAAAAUAACUCUUAUCAAAAUCGAUACAGCGGUUCGACAUCAUUGUCGUCAUCAACAUACAAAGAUAGACUUGAUAAUAAUAAAGAUGACAGCAACGACGAUGGCGAUGAUAAUAAUAGCAUUUCAUCAUCAUCAAUUAAGAAGAAGCCAAGUUAUUCCGAAUCAAAUGCAAAAGAUGUCCAACGUGCAUUGUCUUUGUCAAAUGAGUUUAAUAAUCGUAUUAGUAGCAAUAGUUUAAAUAGAAAGUCAUCAUCUAAACCGCCACCAAUAGCUCCUAAACCUAAUAUUCCACCGCGUAAAAAACAACAAACAGCUGUUGCCUUAUAUGACUUUGAUGGAGAACAAGAUGGUGAUUUAACCUUCAGCAAAGGUGAUGUUAUUAUUAUUACAAAACAAUCAGAAAGUACUAAUGAUUGGUGGACUGGUAAAUGUAAAGGAAAAGAAGGAAUUUUCCCAGCAAACUACGUUGAAUUAAAUUAA